UGAUCACUGCAGUACAGCAUUCGGCCACGGGCUGAAAUGUCAGCAAUGUAAACACAGACGUGGAUAUCUCUAGCCUGCAGCCUGGUCCUGCUUUGGAAAUUUGAUGUUGCAGUCGUCAGCAUGGCUUCAACCUCCAGCUUUGCUCCUCCAAAACUGUCUGAAUACAUCCUUACAGAGCGGCUGGGCAGUGGCACCUAUGCUACAGUCUACAAAGCCUACAGUAAGGGGGACAGUCGAGAGGUGGUGGCAGUGAAGGUGGUUGCGAAGAAGACUCUAAACAAGGCAUCUACAGAAAACCUGCUCACGGAGAUCGAAAUCCUCAAGACGAUGCGUCACCCACAUAUAGUCCAGCUAAAAGACUUCCAGUGGGAUGCUGAGAAUAUUUAUCUGAUCCUGGAGUGGUGUUCAGGAGGAGAUCUCUCCCGCUUUAUUCGCAGCCGCAGGAUUUUACCGGAGAGGGUGGCUCGGCGCUUCCUGCAACAGAUAGCCUGUGCCCUGCAGUUUCUUCAUGAGCGAAACAUUUCACACCUGGACUUGAAACCUCAGAAUAUUCUGCUCAGCGGCUCUAUCCUAAAACUAGCAGAUUUUGGUUUCGCCCAGUACAUGUCACCAUGGGAUGAGCAGAGUAUCUUGAGGGGUUCUCCUCUUUACAUGGCUCCUGAGAUGGUGUGCCGACGCCAGUAUGACUCCAGGGUGGACCUUUGGUCAGUAGGAGUCAUUCUCUAUGAGGCACUGUUUGGGCGAGCACCAUUUGCAUCAAGGUCAUAUGCUGAAUUGGAGGAGAAGAUCCGGAGUAACCAACCUAUUGAGCUCCCUCCUGGGGCCAGGGUAUCCAAGGACUGCAGAGACCUUCUGUUGCGGCUGCUAGAGCGAAAUCCAGAUGCUCGGAUCACCUUUGCAGAGUUCUUCACCCACCCCUUUGUGGAUAUGGAGCACAUGCCGAGUGCGGAGAGCCUAGUGAAAGCGAAGGAGCUGGUCCAGCAGGCCGUUCGGAAGGACCAGGAGGGGGAGAGGUCUGCUGCCCUCUCUCUGUACUGCAGUGCCCUUGAGCACUUUGUCCCCUCCAUUCACUACGAGACAGACCGACAGCGCAAAGAUGCCCUCAGGCGGAAGGUCAGCCAGUAUGUAUCGCGAGCCGAGGAGCUGAAAGCCCUGGUGGCCUCAGACAACAGACUGAGCUUUGAGGAGGCCCGGACCGCAAGGGAUGUCCUCCGAGAAAUGUCUCGAGACCAACCACGGCUGCUGGCUGCUCUGGAGAUGGCCUCCACUGCUAUUGCUAAGGAGGAGAGUGGAUCGGACGAUCAGGAAGCCCUGGAUGUGUACCAACAGUGCUUAGGAGAGCUACUGUUGGCGCUAGCAGCCGAGCCCCAGGGCCGCAGGCGAGAGCUGCUCCAUAAUGAGAUUAAAAGUCUCAUGUCCAGAGCUGAAUACCUCAAAAAGCAUAUCAAGAUGCAGGAGACUCAGAGGGACGUGUCUCUGGAACGAGAACCUCUUGCGGACUCCGUCAGAAGCUCUUGCUGUUUGCAGUGAGCUUGACGGCCACCGUGAGAACUGGCUGCUACGCCCCACAAAGCAUCAGACACAGAGCCUUCACCUGACCAGGUUUUUUUUUUUUUUUUCCGAGGCCAAAUCAAACCCGCAUCACACCUCACCCUAACUAACUCAGAACGCUGUCCGGGUGGGAUAUUACAGUUGCCAGCCAAACGUGGUCACUGUUUUGGUUGUUGCUGGAAAGUUGAUGAUUUGGCAGGCUGAGAAGUUGUGUUUAUACUUUUUGAGGGAAAAAAAAGUUUGGCUGAAAUACUGAAAGUAGCUCUUGAAUUUUGGAUUUGCACACUGGUGAAUGUGAAAGUUAGUUCCCUGCUCUUUACACGAUGUUGUUCCUCAGCCUCAAAUCCCUCCUCCUGAUACACCAUUGAUAUGUAAAUGCUGGACAGCUUGUGUGACAAUACCACACUGUCAUGGUAAGCGAGUUAAACAGAGAUUGUUGCAUUUAUUGUUGUGCCAAUCAUUCAACAGUGUUUGCAGCACACCUAAAAACUGUGAAAACCUGAAAAUACAAUCAGAUAGGAACUAUGACGUCAAGAAGUAUCACAUCAGUUUUGACCUGUAGUAUUAAGUAUAUUGAGGCUCUGCAAACAUGCACAUACUCCCUCACCCUCCCUUCACCACUGCCUUUACUGUGGGUCAACCACAGGCUCACCAUGCUCUCUCCGCUGAUGGAGCGCUCUCCACCACUAUGAGGGGAAAACUGGAGAGGUGCGGCCUCUGCCAUAUUUACACUAGACUUGCAUUUUCUUAGGUUUGGCACUGGCAGGGUAUUUGAGGGAUACAGUGAGUUGUAGCGCUCAAGCAAAGCCUUCAUAACUAGGCCUCUGUGAAACGGUAAAAAGCUUAACAGCCGGUGGCAGUCGCUGUUGUAGGUCUCCACACACUGUUUUCAUUUCAGACGGGUAAAGUGCUUGAAUAUCCAAAAGGGAGCUUUACUUUGUGAAUCCAAUUUUUAAGGCAACUGGAGAAAAAUACCUGUAACAGGAGUCAAAGGAGAAAACUAUGAAUAUGUCUGCCGGCGAGAUCUCCACACUGCUGUCUUGUUUUCUUUUUUAUUUGAAUGUUUAUACAGCUGUGAUUUUAUAUUUUAUGUAUUUAUUGAAUGAGAGAUUCAAAGGAAAAUAAAAUGGCAAACUCUGAA